CUGUCAAUGUCAGUGUCAAAAGUCAAAGCUGUAUACUGCUUUCCAAGUUUUUCUAUCGUAAUCGACUGCUAAAAACAAAAACACUCGGCUAUAAAGUGUAAUAUGCUGAAAGCGUUGAACAGAAAAUCCUUCCUUACAAUUUAUUUUUCCAUUCUGCGUCCUUGUUUUGUCAUGGCGGAGACUAAUUUGGCUACGUCUGCAGUAUGCGGCAGUGGCAGUGCUGAUGCAGACAAAUACUCUGUGGCUUAUGUGACGGUGCCCAAUAAUGAGGUAGCAAAGACCCUGGCCCACGGGCUAGUGAAGCAGCAGCUGGCAGCCUGCGUCAACAUCAUCCCUCAAGUCACCUCGGUCUACAUGUGGAAAGGAGAGAUCAAUGAGGAUAGUGAGUUGCUACUAAUGAUCAAGACAAGAACAUCUCAAGUAGACCAGUUGACAACAUAUGUGCGUUCCAACCACCCUUAUGAGGUGUGUGAAGUUAUAUCCUUACCUAUUAAGAAUGGGAACCCACCAUACCUCAAGUGGAUCGGGGAGACGGUGCCACAAACGGAAGCUAAGGUCUGUCAGAAGAAAUAACUUCAUUAUGUAGUGUUACAUAAUUAUACUAGUCUUUGUAAUAAGUAAGAAUUAACCUUUGGUAAGUUAACCUAAAAACUAUUAUAUUAUUUAAAUGCAUUUAUUUGUCAUUUGUCUGAAGUUGAAGGUAGUUAUGUAAAUAAUGUGCAGGUCAUUUCAUGAAAGCUGGCAUGAAUGGAAUAAACGAAACUUUGAUUGUAUGAGUGACACCUGUAUCGGUAUACAGUCAUAAGGGUCGGCUCACAUCGGAAUGUAGCUGUCGGCAGCGGCUGGCAGUGACGAGCAGCGGCCGGCAGCGGCCGGCAGCAGCCAAGCUAGUUUUAAACUUCGUCUAUCACUGGACUAACUUAAACAGGUCGCGUGGCGCGCGGCCGCUCGCGGCGCUGCCAUUCCGGUGUAAGCCGACCCUAACUGUCAAAAACCACUAUUUUAUUGGUUAAUCUGUCACACACAUAUGACACAUAGAUAUUUUCAUUCACUCAUUUGUUCCGUUUGCGCCAGCUCUUAUGAAUUAACCUGUUGUUGAUUUGUUUUCACAAUUGGUAAGUGUAUAAAAA